AUGGACCCAGAAUACUUCAGAUCUGACAUGUGUUGGGGAACUCUGGGCACCGUCAGACCUCAUUCUAACUUUCAUCCGGACAGAGAUGUGGAGCUGCUGCUGCUGGCUCUGGAGAAGAAAGACAGUGCGACUCUGGUGAGAAUCCUGACAAAUCGAAACAACGAUCAGAGACAGAUUCUGGCCAAGACGUUUGAAGACCUCACACAGAAGGAGCUGGGAGCUGCUCUAAAGAAGGGUCUGUCUGGAGACCUGGAGCGCCUCCUGCUGGAGUUGAUGAUGCCUCCUCUGCAGUAUGAGGCCUACAGGCUGCAGGAGGCCAUGGCGGGCGUGGGAACAGAUGAAGAAAGUCUACUGGAAAUACUCUGCACUAGAACUGGACCUGAGCUCAAACAGAUCAGCAGCAUCUACAGACACAUGUAUAAGAAGGAGCUGGAGAAGGAGCUGAGAUCAGAAACCAGUGGAGACUUUGCCAAACUGAUCGUGGCUUUGCUCAAUAAGGAGGACGUGGCUGGACUGGUUCACAAGGAUGCGGAGACUCUUCUUCAGACUCUGAAUGGGAAAAAGUGUGACGCUGGUUUGUGGAUCGAAAUCUUGACAUCUCGUGACCCUGACCACCUCCGAAAGGUCCUGGAUGAGGUGGAGUAUCAGAGUGGACUGUUUCUGGAAGAGGCCUUUGAUAAACGUUUCUCUGGAGAUCUGCGACUCGGACUCAAAGUGCUCGUGCAGUGCCUUCAGAACCCGGACCUGUAUCUCGCCAAAAGAAUCAACACCAUGAAGGUGCCGCUGACUCAGAGGGUGAUGGUCUCUCACUGUGAAGAGGAUCUACUGUCAAUCAGAGCUGCAUUCAUCAAACACACAGGGACCUCUCUGUACUCUGCACUACAGAACCAUUUUAAAGGUGACCUCCUCGUUGCUCUGCUCAACAUUUGUCGAUCUGAGGACUGA